UGUAGGGACUCAUUGAUGCUGUCAAAAAUAUAUUUUCCAAUGCAUCUCAUAGAGUUUGUUGCAGGCAUUUAUACAUGAAUUUCAAGAAAGAGUUCCCUGGACUGAUGCUCAGAGAUGAUUUUUGGAAUGCUGCAAAGAGUACUCAUUGUUAUGAGUUUUGGCUUCACAUGAAGAAUUUGAAGCCCAAGCGAGAUCAAAAGCCAUAUGACUGGUUGAUCAACAUACCAUUCAGUCAAUGGACUAGACAUGCAUUCUGGCCUGAAGCUAAGUGUGACAAUUACACUAACAACAUGACCGAAUCAUUCAAUGCAUGGAUAGUGAAAUUGAGAGGUUUGCCUAUUAUCAAUAUUAUUGAAUCUAUUAGGCAGAAAUGUAUGGUUAGGUUGCAUAGAAGAUUUGCUAAAGCUCAAACAUGGGAAGGGAUAGUUACACCAAGAACAAAGAAAGUAUUGAAUAAAAUCAUUACUGCCAGUAGGUUUCUUAAGUUGCUCCCUGGUAGAAAUGAAGAGUAUGAGGUUCAUGAGGGUCCAUGUAGGUUUGCUAUUAGUUUAGCUAAAAGGACAUGCAGUUGUGGAUGGUGGGAUAUAAGUGGUUUACCAUGCAAGCAUGCUGCUAGAGCAAUUGCAUAUGUUAGGGGCAAUAUUGAAGAGUUUUGCCAUGAAUAUUACACUGUGCAGUGCUAUUCAAGAGUUUAUGCAAGUGCCAUACAUCCUGUUCCUCAAGCUGAGCUUGAACCUGAUAAUGAACACCCAUCAAUAUUGCCACCUCCUUUGAGGAGGCAACCAGGAAGGCCAAGGAAGGCUAGAAAGAGAGAUGAGAGUGAACCACCAGCAAGAGGAAGGAGGACAGCAACUGUCACUUGUGCUAGGUGCUUACAAACAGGCCACAAUAAGAGAACUUGUCAAUAUGCUGCUGUUGGGGCAAAUAUGGCUGCAAGUCAAAAGAAGAGAAAACACACUACUGCAUCAGGUGCGGGGACUUCAAGAGGGGUUAAUACUAAUCAAGUGGGAUCAAGUGGUGGACCAACUAUCUAAAGGAGCCUUUGGAAUAUCAAAUGAACUUUUUGAGAAUGUUGUUAGUUGAUGGGAUAUAAUUUGUACAUUUUGGGAAAACAUGUAUUUUGGGGCAUUGGAUUGAGCUUUUUGUCUAUUUGGAAAUAUUGUAAAUCUGUGCACAGAUUCUUUUUUGGGAGUUUAUCAUAGAUAUUGGUACAGUGCUACAGAUAUUGGCCUUACUUGAUCAUUAAAAUGGCAGUAAUAGAUGUAUGACAUUGUAAUGAUCAAGUCUGAUUUUGUAAAGUCUCAUUUUGUAAUACAUAUUUGAACA